GCGUCAUAGCUCAUUCAGAAAGUCCAGUUAGCGAUCAUCUGUUCACGUUCCAAAAUUUAUAAAAAAUUUUAUUACUUCAACACUCGUAUUAGAACGUUUGCACGAAAACAAAAUUUUUUCGACCGUUCGUAUAUUACAUGUUCACAAGUCUAAAUCGAAAUUUGUGCCGCAUAAAUUUGUUAUUAUUCGUGCAUUAUUGGUGAGCGAUUGCUUGCACGUGAAUCAUCGGAAAGAUUUGUUAAGAGGAAAACACGUAGCAGAGCUCAAAUUCCUUAUUAUGUGCGCGAAAAUGGCUUUUCAGCAUCAGCCGGGUACCGCAAUGGAGUGCCUAAGCAUACCAAUCACAUUACACAAAGAGACAGAAAUUAAUGAGAAUGGCGAAGAAGUAAUGAAAUGUGGUUUUAAAAUUGGUGGUGGAAUUGAUCAAGACUUCACAAAAAGUCCACAGGGUUAUACAGACAAUGGUAUAUACGUAACAGAAGUACACGAAGGAUCACCAGCUGCAAAAAGUGGUCUUAGGAUGCAUGAUAAAAUUUUACAAUGCAAUGGAUAUGACUUUACAAUGGUAACUCACAAGAAAGCAGUUUCUUAUAUAAGAAAGCAUCCAGUGUUAAAUCUUUUAGUAGCUCGUAAAGGUGUCACCAGUACUUAAAGAUAUGCCAAAAGAAAUUUUAUCAAUCAAUAUUUAUUUCUUAAUAUACUUUAAGGAGGUGUUUGCCUAUCCAAUCUAUUUUUUCUGCCAAAUAUUAUAAUAGUUAUUAGGAAAAUCUUGAUUCAUUACAUUAGUGUGAAGAUAUCGUUAAAUCAUGUAGCUAAGGAAGUUAAAGUUUGUCUGUUUAUUUUAAAACUGAGACAAAAAGUCAUACUAAUCUGAUAUUGUUAGUUAAUAUUGUUAACAUAGUCAGUUUCUUCUGACUUAGAAUUAUCGAGAUCGAGUAUUUCCUCUAAUUCAAUAUUUCUUUUUAAUUUCCAUUCUUAUUCUAAUGACAUGCAUGUAAAGUUGUUGCACGCUUUGUUUUUCAUUCCAAUAUGACAAAUGUUUCGAGAAAAAUUCGCGCAAAAGUAGAGUUCUAUUUUAGAAGAAAAUAGUUGAGUUAGAAUAGAAAAAAAAAUUAAAUCAGAGGAAUACUAGAAAAGAAAAAAUCAACUGCAUCUUUAUUAAAAAAAGUUUAAAAAGAGAAAUGCAAAGUAUAAUAAAAUGCCAAAGUAUAAUAGAAAAAUAUAAUAAAAUUGCAUUAAAUUAUAUAUAUCUUUGACUAUAGAAACACGAAUUGCUGACUUUUUCCCUAUAAAAAAAAGGCACUAUUAAAGAUUUAUGUGUGUUAUAUUUAUGUAUUCUUCCUUUAGUCAUUAAAUCUAAAUAUAGCCAAUAUAUUUAGGUUUAUAGUCAAAGUCAAAGAUAUGCAUAAUAAUAUCCACUUUUAUAACUAUAUAUUCUUUAAGUUCACUGCAAAGCAAAGAGAAUUGAUAUUUGUGUAUGAGAUAUUUAAGAAAAAAUUCUGAAAUCUUCCAAAUGUUCAUAUUAUAAGAGUGUUAUUCUCUUUUUCUUUAUAAGAGAUAUGAUAUUUCUUAGAAAAAUUUUAAAACAAUUUAGAUCUAUAUUAUUAGUUAUUUUAUUAUAUUUCUUAUCUAUAUUAUUGUAAAAUAUUAUUGUGUAAAUUAUCUACUCCUCUUAAUAUAUAUAAUAAUCUAAAAUUAAUAUGGAGUAAAACAUUCCAAGCUAUCUGCCUAACACAUUUACACAUUUAACAUAUUAUAUUAUUGAAUAUUAAUAAUCUCUACCAUUUAAAAAUUAAAUUUACUUACGAAAUUUUGUAUUUUUUGCAUCUCUUUUUUUAUCUACUUAGCACUUAUUCUUACUUAAUUAUUGAGAUGGUGCUAAGUAGAUAAAAAUAUUAAGAUGUUUCAUGAAGAGUGAUAGAAAUAAUAUAUUUGUAUAAUUUUUCCUAAUUUUCUAUGAAAAUAAAAGGAGAUUAUAAUUGCAUUUUUAACAUUUGUUUAGCAAAUAUGCUGCGAAAUAAUGCGAUAUUAUAUGUAAAUAGAAAUAUCAAGCAUCUUUUGUACUUCGUCUCUUUGUUUUUAUCCAAAGGACGAAUUUUUAUGUAUUUUGUAAUUUUUGAUACAAUAUGAAAAGAUAAAAAUAAUUUUAUAUCUUAUCUCUUUUUUAAGAUGAAUUAAAAAAAAUAUGAUGAAAAAUCAAGAGUUCCUGUAUGAUGUAUGACACAUAGCUUUGGGAACAUUAUUAUUACAUAUAUAAUAUCCUAGUCUAGUAAAAUGUCUCUUGAAACGUUUUAUAUAUACAUUAUUAUGUGUAAUGGACAUGUACAAUGUACAGUUGGAAAGUGUAUGUAUGUACCCUUGAAUAUAUAUGUAUGAAUUGUAGAAUACAAUGUUAUGAAAAGCCAAAGAAA